CGUUGAAAAAUGACACUAAAUAUGAGCCAGUAAUAAAGUGUUAAAAUUGCAUUCUUUCGGUGUGUAUUUUAUUGGUUUUUUGCUCCAGCACUAAUAAUUUUCCCAUCAGCCAACGAACAAAGCUAUAAUUAUUACAUAGUCGCCACAAAUUUAUUUUAACGCCGUCGCAUUUACUUAUUGGUCUUAUCAUUUGACGUUUCGCAUAACCUCAAAUGUCACUAGUAAGUGUGAGUGUGCAGUUUCUUCUUUUUUUUUGGCUUAUUGACAUUUCAUCACAGCUGAUAGCGAUUGCGGCAACAUAAAUUCUUUUAUAAAAACCGAAAAGGGAAAAUUUCAAAUUGGUUUUGAUUUAUUUUGACUGCAACUUAUUUGGAAAACAAUUAUGUCCAAACACGAUGCAUAUGGCACACCUACCAAGCCAGAUAAUAAUUGUCGUACAUGCACAGAUUUCAAAUUCUGGUCUAAACAACAGCGACAAAUAUUUCAUAAGGCGGAUACGCCGAAAGAGGAAGUUAGCGAGAGUGGUACAUCCGUCAAAGAUGGUUGUCCGUUAGAUAAAGUUGCUCUCGGGCAUGCAACCUGGGGCUUAUUACACACCAUGGCAGCAUUUUAUGAAGAUAAUCCAUCGGAUAAUCAAAAGCGUGAUAUCAAAACAUUUCUAGAUGUAUUGUCACGUGUCUACCCAUGCGAACAUUGCGCCAAGGACUUUCGUAAAGACCUCAAGGAGCAUCCAGCGCAGGUGAACUCACAAUAUGAAUUCUCCCAAUGGCUGUGCAAAUUUCACAACCGUGUCAAUGUAAAACUCGGUAAAGCACAAUUCGAUUGCUCUAAAGUCAAUGAGCGGUGGCGGGAUGGUUGGCUGGAUGGUUCCUGUGAUUGAAUGAUAUAGUAUACGCAUUUAAUGUAUUAAACUUCAAGCAGUUGUUAAACAAAUAAGCUCUUGUAACAAACAUAUGAUACAAUGGCUGUUGUAAUUAUUUCAUAAUCAUAUGUACAUACAUACAUAUGUAUGUCGACGGAUUAUUAUUAUAUCUAUACAGAUUGUUAAUGAUAAAUGUAAUUUAAAAUUAAAAUGUAAAGAUAUAAGCUGCAUAACCUUAAUAUGGAAAUUAUAUAUUUUAAAUUAUUUGCUGUUAAUUUAUGUAUAUAAAAGAC